AUGUCCACGGAGGAAAUAAAGACAGCGCAUGUUGCUGCUAGUAGUGCAGAUGGCUCAGACGAAGAGGGGCAGAAGACUGAGCUACACAAAGGAGAAGGUACCUUUGAGGCCAGCGAAGGCCAUCACUUCUACCGGCCCAUUGACAGCUAUGAGGGACUCCAUCGCUGGGAUCCCAACUUUCAAUGGACGGAGACAGAAGAGAGAAACAUUGUCAGGAAGAUUGAUGCUCGUGUCUGCACGUUUGCUUGCAUCACUUUCUUUGCAUUGCAGCUUGAUCGAGGAAACAUCCGCCAGGCACUCGCCAGUACGCUUCUAAAAGAUCUUAAAAUGACCAGCAAUGAUUACAACUUGGGUCAGACAAUCUUUCUGGUCUGCUUCUUGUUGGCCGAGAUGCCCUCCCAGCUACUCUCCAAAAGAAUCGGGCCAGACCGUUGGAUCCCUAUUCAAAUUGUGUCAUGGAGUCUGGUCGCAGCUUGCCAGGCCUUUUUAACUGGGCGUGCCUCAUAUCUGGCCUGUCGAGCUCUGCUGGGGUUCCUAGAAGGCGGCUUUAUACCUGACACAAUUCUUUUCUUGUCGUUCUUCUACAAAUCUAGUGAGCUGCCGAGAAGAUUGACAGCUUUCUGGAUUUCCUUUACCGUCGCUGGAAUUGUUGGUUCAUUCUUAGCCUUCGGCCUCCUCCACAUCACCGAUGCCGACGGCAGCGGUGGCUGGAGAUAUCUAUUUGCGUAUGAGGGUCUCAUAACCGGCAUCAUUGGAAUCGUCGCGUAUUUCUGGAUGCCAGCAUCACCCGUGCAAACCAAGGGAGGUUUCCGCGGAAAGAACGGAUGGUUUACGGAGCAUGAAGAGAAGAUCAUGGUGAACCGAGUCAUUCGGGACGAUCCUAGUAAGGGCAGUAUGCACAACCGACAAGCCGUCACCCCGGGGCUCUUUUGGGAAUCGCUCAAGGAUUACCAUAUGUGGCCAAUUUAUACACUUGGUCUAAUCUGGAUGAUUCCGUCGAGUCCAGCGCAAAGUUACCUCACGCUACAACUGCGAUCCCAGGGAUUCACAACCUUCCAGACCAAUUUGUUGGUAAUUCCGUCGGAUGUCGUCGCGAUUGUCACCAUGAUAGCCAUUACCUGGAUUGCGGAGCGUACAAACCAGCGCCUGCUUUGGGGCGUAGGAGUGGAAUUCUGGAACCUAGCCCUGCUGAUUGCACUGGAGGUGCUCCCUGAAAAGAGCAUGCCCUGGCCCCGUUGGGCGAUACUUACACUUCUUGUUGGUUCGCCGAGUAUUCAUCCUGUUGUGGUGGCGUUGACUUCACGGAAUGCCGGAUCUGUACGGACUCGUACUGUUGCUUCUGCAUUGUAUAAUAUGUCUGUACAAUUGAGUAGUAUCGCUAGUGCUAAUGUGUACCAAGCAAAAGAUGCGCCAUACUACAAAAAUGGAAACAAAGUUCUUAUCGCGUUGGCUGUUGUCAGCGGAUUCCUUUUUGUGGUCGCGAAGGUCUACUACGAUUGGUGGAAUAAAUAUAACUCUACAAAAUGGGACGCUAUGACGAGCGAGCAAAGGGAGCUUUACUUGCGUGAAAACCCGGUAUUGACUAACAAGAGAAUUGACUUCCGCUUUGCUCGUUAA